GUUAAUGCUGCGAUGAACGUGAUUUCCCGCUUCUUUCGUACGGCACCUCGAUCUUCGGUGCUUCCUGCUUGACAUCCCCUAUACCCACUGACAGUCGCUCGAUUCUGCUCCUUCGGUCAGCCUGAGAUUAUCUCACUCUAUGAGGCCCCGCCAGUCAUCGUGCUAAUUCGAUCGCUUUUUCACCUGUGUUUCAUUCUCUGGUAAUUUCCCACAAUGGGUUUAUUCGCCGCCAUUAUCGACAGAAUCUGCAAGCAAUGCUCAACGCAGUCAAUCUACGUGGUCGUUGGGUUGGCCUUGUUGACCUUGAUCGCGCUGUCGGUAGUCACAAAUGUCUUGGUUCAGUUGCUGUUCAAAAACCCAAAUGAGCCCCCCGUUGUGUUUCAUUGGUUCCCUUUCAUUGGCAGCACCAUCAGCUAUGGCAUGGACCCUUACAAAUUCUUCUUCAAUGCUCGGAAAAAGUAUGGCGAUAUCUUCACCUUCGUUUUGCUGGGAAAGAAGACAACCGUGUUUCUGGGAACAAAAGGUAACGACUUCAUAUUGAAUGCGAAGCUACGCGAUGUAUGCGCUGAGGAAGUAUACUCACCUUUGACUACACCGGUCUUCGGCAAACAUGUUGUCUACGACUGUCCUAAUGCCAAGCUUAUGGAGCAAAAGAAGUUUGUCAAAUUCGGACUGACCGCGGAUGCCCUCCGAUCCUAUGUUCAACUCAUCACCAAGGAAGUUGAUGACUUCGUCGCAUCAUCGAGCGCCCUCCAAAGUCAACAGGCUACCCUCGAUGUUUGCAAAACCAUGGCAGAAAUUACCAUUUAUACCGCUUCCCGUUCUCUCCAAGGAAAGGAAGUGCGAGACAAAUUCGAUUCAACAUUUGCAGAAUUGUACCACGACCUUGACAUGGGAUUCGCCCCUAUCAAUUUCAUGCUCCCUUGGGCGCCUCUUCCACAUAACCGCAAGCGCGACCAUGCCCAGAAGAGAAUGGCCGAGACAUACAUGGAAAUAAUCAAGGCACGUCGUCAGGCCGGAGGUCAAAAAGACUCUGAAGACAUGGUAUGGAAUUUGAUGUCAUGUGUUUACAAGGAUGGCACACAAGUUCCGGAUAUUGAAGUCGCUCAUAUGAUGAUCGCUCUCCUAAUGGCUGGUCAGCACUCGUCGUCCUCUACCAUCUCGUGGAUUAUCCUUCGCCUAGCUUCGCGGCCAGAUAUCACCGAGGAAUUGUACCAAGAACAGAUUAGAGUCCUUGGAUCCGACCUCCCUCCGCUUAGUCAUGAAAAUUUGCAGAAAUUGGAGCUGCAGGCAAAUGUGAUUAAAGAAACAUUGCGUUUACAUGCUCCUAUCCAUUCCAUCAUUCGCGCUGUGAAGAACCCAAUGCCCGUGGAAGGAACCCCCUACACCAUCCCUACGUCUCACAAUGUUCUGUCGUCACCUGGCGUUACUGCCCGAUCAGCUGAACAUUUUACCAAUCCUCUAGAAUGGGAACCUCAUCGCUGGGAUGAUAUAAAAAAUACCACAGAAGACGAUGAACAAGUUGAUUAUGGCUAUGGCUUGAUCAGCAAGGGUGCUGGGAGCCCUUACUUGCCCUUUGGUGCUGGACGUCAUCGCUGCAUCGGUGAGCAGUUUGCGUACGUUCAACUAGGAGCCAUCACUGCGGCAUUGGUCAGGAAGUUCAAGUUUCAAAAUCUAGCCGGCGUCAAAGGCGUUCCUGACACUGACUAUUCCUCCCUGUUCUCAAAGCCGUGGGCGAAUUCGAUCAUUCAAUAUGAGAGACGAGACAAGUCUGCCAAGGCGUAAAUUUUCGGGGCUUUGAAAAAAGAACAAAAAAAAGGGAUCAUGUCACUUGUUAUCGCCUUGUGUAGAGAGAGAUAGAGGUGUUAUCGAUGAGUUUCUACCUACAUUUCUUACGAAUAAUAACUAAGUAAUUUUCUUCGAGGGAGCGUUAUUUGGAUUAGGACUGUCUUCGACCCGUUGAUUCUUGUAUAUUAUUUAAUAUUGUGUCAUUGCUUACCGUUAUGAAUCCUACAAGUCGCUGUCAAUAGAGACUAAUAUAUUAAAAAUAUACGCAAGUUUAGCUUUUAUAUACAGAUCUCUGGGA